AUGGCGUGGGUUGGAAAUUAUCUAAGAAGAUACAUAGGUAUAAUAACAUCUAUUGAAAUGAUAAAAAAUAUUCUAUUUCAUUUUAAUCAACAUGAACAUGAAAGCAAGAUGUUGGAUGGAAAUAAUCAAUUGGAAAACACUGUCACAAUCAUAGAAUUAUAUUAA